AUGGCUUUGCCUGCAACUAUGAAAGUAUUAGGGCUUAUACCCGGAAUUGCUUUGAUUAUCUUUAUGGCGUUCUUGACGAAUGCCUCGAUCGAUCUUUUACUUCGAUUCAGUAGGGCUGGGAAAUCGAUUUCUUAUGGAGGUGUUAUGGAGGAUGCUUUUGGAAGAAUUGGUAGAAUGUUGUUGCAAGUAUGUGUGUUGGUUAACAACAUUUGUGUUCUUGUUUUCUACAUGAUUAUCAUCGGUAUGGCUCGAUUGAUUCGUGAUGUGCUUUCUGGAACAACUUCAGAUGGGAUUCACCAUGCUGGUGUUUUACAAGGGUGGUUUGGUGAACAUUGGUGGAAUGGUCGUUUUUUCGUUCUUCUUGUAACCACCCUCGGGGUAUUUGCGCCGUUAGCCAGUCUAAAGCAGAUAGGUUCGUUUGGUGCCAAACACCGUGGUUCAAUUAUUGCAGUCAUGAUGUGUGCUGGUCUACAAAAGCGCAUUCAGGUCAACUGGACCAUUGUCUUUCCUGGUUUGGCUGUUUACACUAAUGCAUCUUGA